GCGGACGCGCGGGCCCGGCGGCGGCGGUUGUGGCUGCUGCUCUUGUUGUUGCUGCCGGGUAGGCCAGGCUGGGCCGGGCGGCCUCCGUCCUCUCCCGAUGGCCCGGACCCUGCCGCCGCCGCUGCUGCUGCUGCUGUUAACCGGCCCCCUCGCCGCCUGGCCCGGAGGGAACGGCCAGCAAAGCGGCGCGCCCCAUGGUGUGACCUAUGUCUUUGAGUAUUUCUCCCAGAUUUCUCAGAGGCUCCCCUUCUACAGUUGGUAUGGAAGUGCCAGACUCUUCCGUUUCCGCGUGCCAGAGGACACAGCCAUAUUGCACUGGCUUCUGCAGGCGUCCCGGGGGAGCAGCCCCAACUGCGGCAGGACACAGGUGACCGUCCAUAUCCGUUCUGGGGCCCCGCCCAUCAUCAACCCUCUGGGCACACAGUUUCCUGCCAACAUGAGCCUUCCUGGCUUCUACAGCCAGACUUUGACCCUGGCAGCUUCUCAGGAGAACACUACAUUCCUCAACCUCACCAGCCCCGCGGCAGGGGACUGGUUUAUUGUGGCACACCUGCCUGAGGAAAGUGGCAAGAUCGAGGUCAAGGGCUUCUCCACGCCAUGCACCUACACAUUCCAGCCCAGCAUGUCUGUGCUGCGUGUCCUGGGGAUGCCUGUCCUGGAGCCCAACAUUCCCAUCUGGCAGACCAUCUCUGGGCCAUCUUGGCCACUUCACACCAAGCUCUUUGUCCCAGAAUACAGCGCUUCACUGAAGCUUGAGCUGCGAAACUGCACAGCGAACAUUUCCGUGGCCUGCACUCUGCAUGUCACGCUGGGUUCUGCCACACUGCCAAGGUCCUUCCAGAAGGUGCUCAACUGCACAGGGGAAGCCCCCUGCAGCCUCCUCCUGGCCUCUGUGCCGUGGCAGAAGUGGCUGCGGAUCACGGUGAAGAGUCUCAGCAGCGCCGGCGCCAGUGUCUCCUUCCAGAUGACUACCUCAUUUGUAGUGUGCCAGCCAGGGGGCCCCAGUGCCUUCCAGGCCUUCUACAAGAGUCUGAACAGAAGCCAGGCUGGACCACUCCUGGGAAGCAGCGUGAAUGCCACCUGGCAGGUGGGGGCGAAUGCCUCUUCUCUGGGAAACUCUUGCCUACACAGUCAGCCGGUCACUCGGGAGGACCUGGACACGGUGUCCGUGGUGUUUCGGGUCCUCGGGGAGCCCAGCGUGCCUGUCUGGCCUCAGUUGCCUACUGUGCUCCUUUUCAACCUGGACUCAGGCAUGGACAGUGGGGGGACAUUGGUCCUCAGCCUACAGCUGAACAAGACGUCCCAGAUCCCCGAGAAUGCCACGGUGCUGGCCUGCUUGAGUGCCGCCUCCCCUGUACUGGAUCCAAAUGCUAUGUGGGACUGCAGGACAGCGUUCUCCCAGGGCUAUCCGCUGAACAUGUCAGCAUCCUCCCCAGCAGCUGCACUUAGCAUCCCCUACCCAGAGUCCGACCGCUGGUUCCUGUCCUUGCACCUGGUCUGCCCGAAGGAUGCAGGGGAAUGCAACAAGGUCAAAGCCCUGGUGACCGUCACUGCCUCCCUCCGGCCCUGCUUUGAUGACUGCGGGGCAUAUGGCCAGUGCAGCUUACUGCGACGGCUUGGCUACCUGUAUGCUGCCUGCAGCUGCAAGGCCGGCUGGAGUGGAUGGAGCUGCACAGAUGGGACGAAAGCCCUGUCUGUGGGUGGCCAGUUGUUGGCCACUCUCUUGCUGACACUGAGCAACCUGCUGUUCCUGCCGGCCAUCGUUGUGGCCGUGUACAGCUACCAUUUGGUCGAGGCUUCUGUCUAUCUCUUCACCAUGUUCUUCUCUACGUUCUACCACGCCUGUGACCAACCUGGGGUGGCCAUACUGUGCAUCAUGGAUUAUGACACGCUGCAGUUCUGUGACUUCUUGGGCUCCGUGGUCUCCAUUUGGGUCACAAUUCUGUGCAUGGCCCAAUUGAAGAAAAUGCUGAAAUAUAUCCUUGGUGUGCUGGGGACCCUCUUCAUUGCUAUGUCUCUGCAGCUGGACCGGAGAGGGGUUUGGAACAUAAUGGGACCCUGUCUCUUGGCCCUUGUCAUCAUGAUCUCUGUUUGGGUCUACCGUGGUGUGAAGCGCCGUCACUGUUACCCACCUUCCUGGAAGCGCUGGGCCUUCUUCCUCUGUCCUGGCAUCAGCCUGGCCCUCAUUGCCAUAGCAAUCUAUGCAUUCAUGGAAACAAACGAGAACUACUAUUACACCCACAGUCUUUGGCAUGUCCUCAUGGCUGGCUGCGUGGCCUUCCUCCUCCCACCAGGGGACAAAGUCAAGAGGCUGUGGGUGUGGUCACGCAAGCUCCUCUGUGGUUACCAGAUCUGCAACAAUGAUCAGGAAGAGCUCUAUGCGGUGACAUGACUGAUGGUCCUCCUGCUACAAUGCCUGCUAGGCUUCUCUGCUCAGAUCAACAGCUGCCUUUCCAGAUGUCACAGGACUGUGUGUGAGGGAGGUGGCUGGCCUAUCCGUGCACGCAAAGCUUGUCGACGUGAACAGGCUUUGCAAGGCCCCAUGAAGAUCUAUCCAUUUUGUAUUGACUUUCUAUUUAUUGAAGGGUCUGCUACACCCCCACCCCCACCCCCGUCUUGGAGCAGAGCCACUGGGGGGUCUGGAACCUCUAGUACCGCCUCGUCUUGCUCAAACCCUGUGGAUGAGAAAUAUGUUAAAAAGUGCAAAACAAGCUCCGCCCUGAGAAAAUGAAGGCGGGGGCAGCUGGGGAUUUGACUGUAGGACAGAGCUGCAGGGGACAACCGGUAGCAUUCUGCAGCCUCAUCCCACCAGUUAAGUGGACAAGGAGGGAGGGUUGGUGGGGGUGGGGUUUGAGGCAAACAUGGUGUGUGUCUGUCUGGUGGAGAGGAGGACAGACCAGCCAUGCUGGCACACAGUGUGCAUUCCUCAGGAAAGUUCUUUGGUUAUUUAGCACAGCCCUGUCAUGCUCACUGUGGUGACUCAGGGCUGGUUGUAUGUGGAUGGGUGACAUCACUCUCAGCCACUUUAUGUCUCCAUUCCAUUACUUUUUGCACACAGUUCUUGUCGGCAGUGGGGUCCCAUUGCACGGAGCUGGGCCACUUAGGUGAGGCUCACCCUUCACAACAGCAGUGUCCCAAACAAACCAAGCUGGGCUGUUCCCUAUUGGGAGCUAAGAGGACUGAGCGUUGUUCAUGUGCUGAGCAGCCCUUUGUGUCAAUAUUUGCACCUUGUGUGGCUGCCAACGGCUUCUUCUGCCCACACCCCUUUUAUGGCCUUUUUACCCUGCUGGGCACAAGGCAGUCCUGCUGCCUCACACAUCUUGAUUUCUGGCCUGUUACUGCUUGAGAUAUCAUGAGGAUGGGGUUGGCUGGCGCCCCCCCCCCCCUUUGCACAGGUGCAGCCCAGAGGUUUUUCCAGAACACUAACCCUCGCAGCAGAUUAGAACCUGCUUCUGGGCCAGCCAUUCGGAGUUUUGCUGCUGCUUUUAUUUUGUUUUUAAUCUCCUCCAUGAAUGCAGGGAUGACAAAAUGCGUUGUUGAUUCACCUCAGGCAAUUUCGGCACUGGUGAUUCUUUCCACUGAAAUGGCUUUUUCAAGUGCAAGGGGCGUCCUGUGGGCCCUCCUAAUAAAAAAUGAAGGAAUCCCAACGGGGAAAAA